GAGCGAAAGGGAGACAGAGGGUGGAAAGAGACAAGACCAGUGAGUGGAUACGCAACUAGUGUAUACAUGCAAGUCCUUGUCACCGGAUUUCAGAAUGGCUCCUUUAGAUGGACGUGCGGCGGAAGCCGGUGGGAAGUUCCAACAGUACCGAUGUGUUUAAAGGCUCAGCUCUAGUGUCAGCACUACUUUAUACAUCCCCGCGGAGGUUUAAGUGUCGUGCUUCGGCUUUCAAGUUCGCCAGACGCUUGUUCAAACUAGGAUUCAUCAGAAGCAUUUUCGGAUGGACUACUUUCGAGGACUCUUCACACUUGUAUCGUUGGGAAGAUGAAAAUGUACCCCCUCGGGGUAGCAGCUUGAGUGCUAUGAUGUCUUAUUCGUAUUACCCACCCCUUCAGAAGGCUAGUUUAGAUGGACAUAGGACUAGUGAUAAAUUAGAUAAUAAACUUCUGGACGACGUCAAGGGCAGACUACUCCGCGACAACACUUCUAGCGGCUACCUCAUCGACUCCUUCUUCCGGGACUUGGAGAAAAACUUUCCGGAAGAGUGCCGAAAACCGUCACAAAAACUCCAAUCAAACUACUGGCAGAACAAACGCGCCAGUACGACAUCCACCGACAGCUCGGCAGAUCCCUACUCCCUGUAUAAAUCACGUGAUAGACUAUACCCCAAAUCCACUCAUUCAGCGUCCAUGGCUUCGUCACGUGAUCAUUCAGUUAUACCGGAAGAGGCCCCGGAUACCUACAUGAUCGGCCGUCUGGGAAUGCAAAUGCCGCCAUUUGACUAUGAAAUCUCUUCCAAUACCCCUGGAACUUACAACAGCCAUGCGUCAAGCGGAGCCGAGAGCGGCAUGGGCGGCGAUUCAUCAAGUCGCCGAUUCGCCGAUCAAAAUUUUUCCUUCUCUGAUAAUGAAAAACAACUGUUGGAGGAGAUGAAACGCAUGAAAAAAGAACAUCAGCAUAUUUUGAGGUCAUAUGAAGACAGAAUCAACAAGUUGAUGAUGAAAAUGCACGAACUGAGAAGCAUAGCUGAAAUGCUAGAAAAUUCCAGUACUAAGUCGUCACCAUAUGGAAUUAUUCCUGGAAAAGGAGGUUUGCUGGGAUCAAUAGAUGCCAAACUGGAUCAGGAUCGUCCUUGGACGGGGUCGACACAGCCACAAGACUCCGACGUUCCGCCUCCGUUACCCCCAAGACCCAGCCGUGGGAAUAAAGUCUACCCCAACAAGCCAAUUCUUCAGCCGAGGAGAAAAAUGAAGUACAUCGCCUGGAAGAGGAUAAUUCUCAGUGAUCUAGGAACGCCGGGAAGUCAGCUGUCCAUCUGGCAUACAAUGAUCGAACCGCGGAUAGACACAGAAGCCGUAGAACUUGUGUUUAAUGACGAGAGUGACGGAUACCGCAGUCAGGUGUCGCUUUAUGAUGACGUCGUGGCGCGACGAGGCAGAUCGAGAAGUUACGUUUCAGUUGUUGAUCGAGAUAAGGCUCAGAUUUUCGUCAGUAAGAUGCAUUUUCUCAAACUAACACUGCAAGACGUCAUACAAGCGAUCAGUGAACUUCAAACACCAUUUCUGGACGAAGAAGGGGCGGACGCUCUACUGGAUUUGAUUCUCUCACAUAAAGAUAUGGACCGAGUUUUACAUCAAGCCCAACGAAAAGGAACAGGUCAGUUCGAUAUCCCGGAUUACAUCAUGUAUGAGGUGUCACGGAUUGACCACUACCGAGAAAAGGCAGAGUUACUCCGGUUCCAGCAAAGGAUUCACGACUAUCUCUUCGAUAUCGAUCAACAGCUUAAAGAUGUUCGCACGGCAUGUGAAGAAAUCUGCUCAAGCGUUUUCCUGAAGAACCUUUUAGAGACGUUAUUAGCUGUUGGGAACCACAUGAAUGGGGGGACCGCCUCUGGGCAGGCGGACGGUUACCACCUGGAGGUGUUGGCCACUCUCAAGGAGAUCGAGGAUAGGGAGGGACGCGAAAAUUUGCUAGUGUUCCUUAUAAAGACCUAUUGCCAGCAGUACACACAAGACGUAUCCAGGUAUUCCCUUCCCGAACCAUCAAAUAUGAGACACGCUGCACAGGUCUCCCUUAACGACGUCAACAACGCUCUGUGUGGACUUAGCGAUGACUUGGCUCACGUGAGAAAAAGUAUAUCCCCUCUUCUUUACGACAACAACGGUACGCUCCCAGAAAACAUUUCCAACCGUCUUCAGCAGUUUUUCGCAAAAGCUGAAGAAGGCAUCGAGGCGCAGAUGCGACAUUUUCGGGAGACGAAGGACAACUUCCAAAGGACAGCAGCUUACUUUAUGUUUGACGGAGAGCAGGAAGAGGUAAGGCAGCAGUGCACUAAGACCUUCUUUGGAACAUGGGCAACAUUUUUGCACGAUUGCAAACAUCACUGGAAAGAUGUUCAACGGAAGCUUGCCAAGGAACGAUUCCAAACAAACUUCACCAUAACACGAGACAAGAAGGUACCAUCCAGGAAGCUUCCAUUACCAGACCCACCGCCAGAGAUACCACCUAAACCCUCACCAAUGGUAUCAACCUCCUCCUCAAAGCUUAACCAGUCACCCACCAAAAGCUCAGGAGAGAGUCUUCCCACUGACACGCAGGUCCGGGGGAGAAACCUGUGGGAGACCUCCGAGUCCUCAUCUCGGCGACCCCGGGACCCUCAUCACAGCAAACACAAUGCUGAAAGACAGACCCGGGCCGACCAAGAACACUGCAAACCCUUGUUCAAUAGAAAACAGACAUACCACAAGGAUGGCUCUUCUACUCGUUCCCCUUCCCCUAAAAGAAUCAUUUCUACCCCACCCACAACUGGGGAUAUACAUCGUCCUGUGCCCACACCACCGAAACCAUCCAAACCCUACAGCAACAACCUUCAGGUACACCCGUCCAACUAUGAAAACCAGGAUGAUGCCCUUCUACAGCAUCCCCAGUCCACGGUUUCUCAAAAGGACAACAGCCCUACACGAUACGGGGGUAGUGAAAAUAUGCCACCGUCUCCGAGAAGGGCACAGAUACCAGUACCAGACCCCGAGGAGUCUCAAAGAAAACAGUCAACCGGAUUUUCAUUGAAGUCAUGGUUACGGAAGGAGAAUGUCAAAUCUCGACAACCAAAUCAAGAACAAAUGGUAUCCCCAAAGGAACCCGAGCACCAGAAUAAGUCUAAUACUGCCUUUGUGAAAUUGAGGAACACCGUGGUGCAAAAGUUCGGAAAUAACGGCGGCUCUAGGAGAGGAUAUGACGCGUCAAGUCCGGAGUCAAAACAUCGAUCUGCUGUGGAUCAUCGAGAAUUCCGUCACCACAGUCUGAAUAAAUACUCAGGCAACAGAGACAGUUCCAGCGGCCGAUCUCGUUCUAGAUCACCAUCAGGGGACAGAAAUCCCACAAAACGUUCUGGCCACCAAGACAGUGAUAUGGAGGCCGAAGAAGAAGUGGCCUUUUACAACGGCAGAGGAAGCAAACCUCGAGAUAAACCUCCAAAUAAAAACGUACCUCCAGUCGUGCCGGCCAAGCCCCAAGCCGAGGUGAAGGCUAACUUUGCCUCAUUUGGAAUAAUUGACCCAAAUACAGGGUCGUACCGUCCGGCUGAGAAAGCUAAGCAGCAGAGUGACGUGAACAAUAACGAGCAGGGUUCUCCCAGGGUUGUACAUUCGAAAAGGGUUCGGGGUAGAGACAGAGCACCCCUAGCCCUCGGCAGUAACAUGAGCUUAUCAGACCCCUAUCCUCGCCCUGACGGGUCUACUAACCUGGUCCCUCAGCGCCAAAGCUGGGAUGCCAAUCCCCAGUCAACCGUUCCAAGCAACUCAGCAAGAGCGCAGAGACAGUUUAACACCAUUGCUGGAAGCUCACCAGUGAACCCUAUCCCAACAUAUCGAGCUAAAGUCAUCCACAUGUAUGAAAACCAGUCAAAAUACGAUGCUUCCGAAAUGGUUCCUCCAGGUGUAUACCAUGAAGCUCCCCAAGAUCUACACUCGGCCAGGGGACCACAUAGAUAUAACACAAUGGGUCCAAACCGAGCCAGCAACUAUCUGCUCAUGCAGAGUAAAGAGGAUCAGCACGGUAAUGCCCAUCAAGACCGCUCCGAGGACAGGUUUGCCGACCAGAGGCGCCAGCAACAAGGGGACUUAAAGAGGAUGCCUCAAGACAAGGGCAUAGAGCCUAUGGGUAUGAGCUAUCAGGGAAACAACCAAGGCCAGCAGACCCAGCUUAACCCACGCGAUAAGGCUGCUGCACAUGCACAGUCAAUCACAUCUUUAAUAGAACGUUUUGAAGCCGGUAAAGGCCCUCCACCUCCCGGAUAUCAGGGGUCAACUGUCGCGAUGACGUCAACGCCCGUUACACAACGUAAAAACCUGCAGAUAUCUGUGCAGCCGGAGUCCGCGGGUCGCGAUGGGCAGAGACAGAUGUAUGAUCACAUUCAGAACCCGUUCCCACUGCUGGAUGGAGUGACCCAAGCCGCUUCCACAGGAAGUGGUAAGUCCCACGGGGAAAAUCAGAGGGGUUCCAAUCCCGGAGGUGACAGCCGUCAUCAUGGUGACUCCAACUCUCGUGCUAGCCAUCACCAGUAUCACGGCAACUCUUCAGGUCACCCGGGACCUGGAUACGACCAGCAGAGACGGCCUGAGCAGGACGAAGGUUAUCGAGAUCAGCUGAGGCGAGCGCUGAACAACAACAGCAACGUUGUCAUGCAGCGGUACUCCAAGCCCAGCCCUGGUUAUAGCGGACAUUCUUCCACGUCGCACCGCAGUCCUCCACAAAUGAUGCGGGCGAUGCCGGUCAAACCCUCCGUGUACCAUCAUGGCGGAGUGACUGUUUGACGGGAUAAACAUUUACAACAUUCGCUCUUCACUUUAUGUCAUUUUGUUUUGUCUCUCUUAAGUGCCACUGCUCAUUUCGGUUUGUCAUCUUUCAUUUAUCGCAUGGCAAUAAUUUGUUUUGAUAGUUUUAUGUCUGUGAUUUGUCUGGCCAGUAUACCUUAAAGAGUAAAUGACUCUUAAAAGGUAAAUGUCUAAAUGGCAGAUUUGAU